AGAGGAAGGGCUUUUUUAUCGAGUGAUCUUCAAAGCCACCAACUCCAUGUGACAGCUUCCGCAUCCCCUUGAGCAUAAAUUUGAACCAUCCAAAGCACUCAGGACCUUAAUCUCUCUAACUCUUAUACAGCUUUUUAUAUCUCUCACACCCGUUCAAGGGUCCAUCUCAAAAUUGGAAAAGUUUUACCUUGGAAUAUCCACUUUGGCACUUGUUAGCCUUGAUUGAUAAAAGCCCCACAAGUCUUUUUUAGAUUGUUAUUCUUCAUACCCAGAUAACAAAACUAGGGAAUUUGUCCUUUUUUAAUUUCUUCAGCUUUCGAAAAUGAAAAGUUCAAAUAAUCAAUACCCAUUACAUUCUGCUUCAAAGCAUUUCAAUGCUCAUCUCCAGCUUCGUUUCCUUCCCUAUCUCCUCCUUUUGGCCUUUGGCAUAACCAUUGGAGUCAUCAUCAGUUUCUAUAUUAAAAGCUGCACCUUCAAUCUACAGUUCUCUCAAUUCUCACUCUCUUCAUUGCACAAACCAAUGCUGCCUCCAAUUGAAAGUCCAAAACUAUCUAACCUCAGUCAUGUAGGAUUGAAAGAGUUUAUUGGGCCUUUUCAUGCGAUGCAUGGUAUGAGUGAUGAAGAACUGUUAUGGAGAGCGUCAAUGACCCCUAAGAUCCAUGAAUACCCUUUUGAUCGAGUUCCAAAGGUGGCCUUCUUGUUCUUGGUAAGGGGUCCUGUGCCAUUAGCUCCUUUGUGGCAAAAAUUCUUCAAAGGGCAUAAAGGGUACUACUCUAUUUACGUGCAUUCGAAUCCAUCUUACAUUGGAUCAGACCCAGAGAGUCCAGUGUUUCAUGGCAGGAGAAUUCCCAGUAAGAAAGUAGAAUGGGGAAAAUUCAACAUGAUUGAAGCAGAGCGUCGCCUGCUGGCCAAUGCCCUUCUUGAUUUCUCAAACCAACGAUUUGUUCUCAUAUCAGAAUCAUGCAUCCCUCUCUUCAACUUUUCAACAAUCUACUCUUAUUUGAUGAACUCUACCCAAAACUAUGUCAUGGCUUAUGAUGAGCCUAGUGCAGUUGGACGUGGACGUUACAACAUCCACAUGUCGCCAAUGGUCACACUCGAACAGUGGAGAAAAGGGUCUCAAUGGUUUGAAAUGGACAGAGAUCUUGCACUAGAAGUAGUAUCAGAUAGAACCUACUUCCCAGUUUUUCAAGAGUACUGCAAGAAAUCAUGUUAUGCUGAUGAGCAUUACCUGCCAACAUUUGUUAGCAUCAAGUUUUGGGAGAGGAAUUCAAAUAGGAGUUUGACUUGGGUUGACUGGUCAAAGGGUGGGCUACACCCUGCUAAAUUUGUGAGACCAGAGAUUACUGUGGAGUUCUUGGAGAAUUUGAGGAAUCAGAAAUGUGAGUAUAAUGGAAACAGCACAGAUGUUUGUUUUCUGUUUGCAAGGAAAUUCUUGCCCCCUUCAUUGACAAGGCUCAUGAGGUUUGCUCCACGGGUCAUGCACUUCCACUUGUAA